GUACUCAUCGAUUCCCGCAGAAGAAACCAUUGUGAAGGAGACGACAGAAGGAAGAUGGAGGAUCAAGAACAACCCCAUAAACUCUCCCGAGUUAUCAGAGUCGACUCGGCCGAUUCUUGGGAUUUCUAUCUCUCUCAAGCCAAGAAUCAGGCUUGCCCUGUUGUGGUUCACUUCACUGCAUCAUGGUGUAUUCCUUCUGUGGCUAUGAACCCUUGCUUCGAAGAGCUUGCAUCAAUCUACCAAGACGUUCUCUUUCUCACUGUUGAUGUUGAUGAACUCAAGGAAGUGGCAAGUCGGCUGGAUGUAAAGGCGAUGCCGACUUUUCUGAUGAUGAGGGAUGGUAACGUGAUGGACAAACUCGUCGGGGCAAACCCCGAAGAGAUCAAGAAAAGGGUCAAUGGUUUCGUGCAGUCAUCUCGUGUUGAUAUGACCUAAGAAAACUUGCGUUUACUUCACAUCCUGAAUGAGAAGACAUCACAAGCAAGUGUUUUCAGUUUUCUAGUUCCUGCCUUUCUGUUUGUGACUUUGUGUUUCAUGUCAUGAAAAGGUUGUUGAAGUCUCUCUCUCUCUCUCUCUCUCUACCAAAUGUAAAUUCUUGUAAAAUACAGAAGAUGUCAGUAUAUACGAGAGUUUAUACUUUAUACUUCUGA